AUUAGAAGACAGUUCAAGUUAUGAGCUAUUUUUAUAUUGUAGCCCAUCAGAAGGGCCACAGACACCAAGGCAGAAGAAUGCUUCUUUUUUCACAAGAGAGGCGUGAGAGAAGCACUAAAGAAAAGAAAAUUUUGUCGACUCCAACCCAACGCACUUGCUUUAGUGCGUGCUUACCGCCCAAAAUACCUUCCCCACUGCCCCAUCUCCUUCUCCCACAUUUUCAGCAUAGUAACUUACAAAUUUAAAACAGAAAGUUAGAAAGUCAAAAACAAAAAGCAGCACUCAUAUUCUCGCCUAUUUUCACAUCCCCAAACCCAAAAUCAUGGCUUUCAACAACAAACCCAAGAAGGUCCUAAUGUCAUCCCAAUCAAACCUCUUCACCACUCUCUUCUUCAUUAUCCUCUUCAGCAUUCCUGCACUUUUCCUCCUCCGCACCCCUUCUGCUUCCAUCCGCAACACUCUCACCGACCGCUCAAACCCAUGGUCCGGCGAUCUCCGCACUGCCCACUUCGCUUGGAACCGCCUGCCAUUCACUGACGGCCAACCCCCGCCCGCGUCACUCAAAAUUGCAGCCUUCUCCCGGAAAUGGCCUGUCGGGGCAACCCCCGGCGGCAUGGAACGCCAUGCGCACACGCUGCAUACUGCUCUGGCACAUCGCGGUCACCAAGUCCACAUCUUCACCUCUCCACCCCAAGAGGGAGACAUCGCAAGUAUACAUCAUCAAGAAAACAAUAAUCCCCAUGGAAGUCCAAUUCGAGCUCCGCGUAUUCAUUACCACGACGGAGAACCAGGCCGAUGGCGCUACAACAGAGCUUGGGAGCAGUUUGUGGAAGAACACGAUCGAGAAGCAUUUGAUGUGGUUCACUCAGAAAGCGUCUCGCUUCCUUACUGGGUAGCCCGGCGCCUUCCGAAUCUCGCUGUUUCCUGGCACGGGAUUGCCCUUGAGAGCUUGCACUCGGAUAUCUACCAAGAUUUGGCACGACGGCCAGGUGAGUCCAGGUCGCCGGCAUUCAACGCUACCGUACAAGAGGCAAUCCCAAAGGUACUAAAUGAAAUAAGAUUUUUCAAGAACUAUGCGCAGCACGUCGCCAUAAGCGACAGCUGUGGGGAGAUGCUCCGGGAUGUUUACCAAAUACCCAAUAACAGAGUGCACGUGAUCCUCAACGGCGUCGACGAGGAAGAAUUCAACGAAGAUGGGAAACUGGGUCAAGAGUUCAGAUCAAGGAUCGGCCUCCCAGAAAAUGCAAGCUUGGUACUCGGCAUCGCCGGACGGCUGGUGAGGGACAAAGGGCACCCCCUGCUUUACCAAGCUUUCUCCAGGCUCAUGAACAAACACCCUACUGUCUACCUGAUCGUCGCUGGAUCAGGACCAUGGGAGCAGCGGUACAGAGAUUUAGGGUCUCAAGUCCUAGUUUUGGGGUCUCUGAGUCCCUCUGAGCUAAGGGCAUUCUACAACUCCAUUGACAUAUUUGUGAAUCCAACACUCAGACCACAAGGCCUUGACCUUACCCUAAUGGAAGCCAUGAUGAGUGGAAAGCCUGUGAUGGCAUCAAGAUUUCCCAGCAUUAAAGGUACUAUUGUGGUUGAUGAUGAAUUUGGGUAUAUGUUUUCUCCUAAUGUGGAGUCUCUGUUGGAAGCAUUGAAGGCAGUGGUGGAUGAAGGGGCCAAAAGUCUGGGCCAGAGGGGAAAGGCAUGCCGGAAAUACGCGGCUUCAAUGUUUACAGCACGGAAGAUGGCAUUAGCCUAUGAGAGGUUGUUCCUCUGCCUAGGAAAUGAAACAUUUUGUACCUACCAUUAGACAAAAUUUUCAUUUUUUCCUCCUCCAUCAAACAAAAAAUUAUAUAGAAAUAUAUUUUCACCAUCAUAUGUUGUACCUGCCCUUAAUUACAGUUUAAUCAAAUUAACAGUCACACGGGGUACUCUGUGCGAUAUGUUCCUAUUGCAGUUUUUAUAAAAUUAAUUAAUUCCUUACAUUUUUAUUCUUGUUCAUAAA